AUGAUUCCUCCUUCUUUAAUCAUGAUAGAAAACUUUACAGCAAGGCAGAAAUAUCUAAUCCUCGGAAUUCUUAUAAUUGGCCUACUAAUCCCAUUUGCUAAUAUAAUUGCCUGAUGCUUCCUUUUGUGUCUUCUAUUCUCUGUAGCUACUCUUGAAUACAGAGUUCAUCACAAUACCAAAUUAAUGCCAAACCCCUUCAAAAACAUGGUCCCAAUUCCUGAGCUUUGCAUUGACUGAUAUUUUAAAGAAGUUCCCAAUCAGUAUUACUGCUUAAAAACCUCCCAAUUUAGCUAUGCUCCAGAAACAUGGAAAACCAUGAUAAAGAAUAUUUUAAAUAUUCGUGAUUUAAACCAAGAAAUAUAUUUUAUGACAUAUAGAAAAGAGUUUAAAACUUGGUAUUUUGCAAUGGUAAACCAAGGAUUCAUGUGAACAUUUACACUUAUUGCUAUUGUGAUUAUUGGGAUUCCUGUUGUCAUUCUAAUUGAUUUUGCAGUUGCUGCAGCAUUAUAG